AAACGAUAAAUAUAAGCGUAAAUUUCACGCACAAGAAGACGUAUUAACCUCGGAAUUCACAAAACUAUGGGACAAACAAACCCAUCCAAGAAUCCAAAAUAGAAAUUCAUUAGCGCGGCCCACUUUUUCAAAACCUUCCGUCUCUGUCUCUGCAUUAAACCCAUUCCCUCACUUUUUCUUCUCCUUGUUGUAGUAACUACACUACAUUCACAUUUCACACCUCCAUAUUUAUUGCACACUUCCUCUCCUCUUUCAAUUUUCAUUCUUCGAGGAGUAAAAGGGAAUGGGUGUGGCAAUGCAUGUCAAAUCCGACUCUGAGGUAACCAGCAUUGAAGCCUCAACGCCGCCGCGUUCACCCCGGCGCCCGUUGUACUACGUGCAGAGCCCAUCCCACUCGCAGCACGAUCUUGAGAAAAUGUCAUACGGGUGGAGUCCUUUCGGGUCACCCACCCACCAUUUCCAGUACCACUGCUCCCCGAUUCACCAUUCACGUGAAUCCUCCACUUCAAGAUUCUCUGCCUCGCUGAAAAACCCAAGAAACUCUGGUGGAGGAGUUGCCGGGUGGCGGCGGAUGCAGAGGAAGUAUGAUGAGGUUGGAGAUGAAGCGGAGGAAGAUGAGGAGGGGGAGGGGGAAGAUGAAGGCAAUGAUGGGGGGCAAAUGAGAUUUUAUGCGGUGUGCUUUCUGUUGUCGUUUGUGGUGCUUUUUUCUAUAUUCUCCUUAAUUCUCUGGGCUGCAAGUUUAGCUUACAAACCGAGGAUAGUCAUGAAGAGCAUUUCUUUCGAGAAUUUCAAUGUACAAGCUGGAAUGGAUGCCACAGGGGUGCCAACGGAUAUGUUAACUUUGAAUUCGACGGUCAAGAUCUUUUAUAGGAAUCCAUCAACCUUCUUUGGUGUCCACGUCACCUCCACUCCUCUUGAGCUUCACUAUUUUGAUCUCAAAGUUGCUUCUGGUCAUAUGAGAAAGUUCUACCAGUCGAGAAGGAGCGACAGCAAAGUGAUAGCAGUGGUUGAGGGGCAUCAGGUGCCGCUUUAUGGGGGAAUUCCAGUGCUGAAUAGUGCUAAAGGUCAUCCAGAGAGCAUGUCUGUGCCAUUAAAUCUGACAUUUGUUGUGAGAUCAAGAGCCUACAUUUUGGGGAGGCUGGUAAAGCCCAAGUUCUAUCUCAGUAUCCUUUGUGGGGUUACUAUGAGAGGUAACCAUCUGGGCAAGCCUCUUAAUCUCACCAAAUCUCAAUCUUGUAUUUAUCAUUAGGCAUUCCCAGUCUCUGAGAGGUGAUCAAUACUGCGUGCCCCUCCUAAUCCUAUAGCAGAGCUGAUUCUUGUAAAUAAUUUUUAGCAGACUUUGUUUCUUUACUUGGUCAUUUCUAUGCAAUAAGUAUGUAUGAACUUCAAAUAUUAAGCAAGUGUUGUGAUUUCUUGCAAUUGUUUGUGGUUGUGGGGAUCUUAACAUGAACUUAAUGAUGAAGCUAUUUGAUA